AUGGUCACAUUAGAGUCUCCUUCUAGUCGUGGGAGCUUAAACGACGUGGUCACGCUGCAGCCGGCACCGACCCCCUACACCCGGGAGGCGCCAACGCAAGCCACAAACGAACGACGCCCCCCCCCCCCCCCCCCCAUUCCACCGGGCGCCAUGGCCGCCGCAGUAGCAACGCCUACAGGCCUCCUCAAGCUCCCUCCUUCUUACGCGCCACCUCCUUCCCCCUCCCCCCAUCUCCCCGGCACCUCAUACGGGCGGCGCUCGCGGAGACGGCCUGGCCUUUGCCGCCGCGGAGCCCCGCUGCUCGCGGUGGCGGCUGGGGAGGUGUCGUACACUGAGCCAGAGGAGGCGCUGCUAGAGGCCCUGGUCGGCGUGCAGGGCCGUGGCCGUGCGGUAGCGCCGCGCCAGCUCCAGGAGGUGGAAAGCGCGGUGCAGACUCUGGAGGCACUCGAAGGUGUGCCCGAUCCGACCAGUUCAGAUUUAAUUGAAGGUAGCUGGAAGCUCAUAUUCACUACAAGACCAGGGACGGCAUCCCCCAUUCAGAGGACAUUCGUUGGAGUUGACUCUUUCAGGGUCUUUCAGGAAGUUUACCUUAGAACAGAUGAUCCAAGAGUGGUCAAUGUUGUCAAGUUUUCAGAAACAGUGGGUGAACUGGCAGUACAGGCAGAAGCAACUAUCAAAGAUGGGAAGCGCAUUCUCUUCCGUUUUGACCGAGCAGCAUUCGCCUUCAAGUUCUUGCCAUUUAAGGUUCCAUAUCCGGUGCCAUUCAGGCUUCUUGGGGAUGAGGCCAAGGGUUGGCUUGACACUACAUACUUAUCUCGUAGUGGGAACAUACGUAUUUCAAGGGGAAACAAGGGAACCACAUUUGUUCUCCAGAAAAGUGCAGACCCAAGGCAAAUGUUGUUGUCAGCUAUAUCUGCGGGAACCGGAGUAAAAGAGGCUAUAGAUGAUCUUACUUUAAGCAAAAAAGGGGUUGUGGUUGAUAUGAAUACCCUAGCGGGAGAAUGGCAACUGUUGUGGGCUUCACAGAGUGAGAGUGGAGGUGGAAGCUGGUCAUCUGUUGCAUCUGCCGGUCUCAAGGAUUUCCAGACCAUAAAUGAAGAUGGGCAACUGAAGAAUUUGGUGAACCCCUUUCCAGGUGUCAGCCUCAGUGCAAGAGGCAACAUAUGCAAAACAGGGAACAACAAUAAUACCUUCAGCGUGUCCAUGAAUGAAGGCGUUAUUCAAGUUGGUGGCAUACAGUUUCCCUUGGAAACUGGAGGAGAAUUUGUCAUGGAGAUCUUGUACAUUGACAAUAAGAUAAGAAUAUCUAGCCUCAACCAGUACAAGCUUGUUCAUUUACGCAUUGUAAAUAAAACAUAAAUACCCAAUUGGACGAUCGGCUGUGUCCAAAUUGCCUGAGCUUAUUGCUGUAUAAAUUGUUGUAUAUGUAUAUAUACCAGGACAACACUUAGAUUGAUGAAAUCAUGCAUUUGCGCUUAUUCACCACCAUGCAGAUUUCGAGUUCAUUGUUAUUGGGAAACGUAUAAUGUAAUAAGAUAUUUCUCGAAUCAUUACUGUGAUA